AUGGGCCAGAGGAGCGGCAGGCGCCCGGGCAAGCUCGCCAGUGCGGGGAAAGGGGGAGGACGCGGGCGCCCCGGGGACAUGACAGCUUCUCCUCGAGACCCCACCGAUCAGGAGCUCUCGGGAAUUGAGAUCGGCGGGGCAGGGGUGCAGGAGCAGGGGAAGACGCGGGAUGAGGAAAAGGAGGAGGAGGAGAAAAGUCCUUCAACAGUCUCUCGGGACCCACUGUCCCGGGGGGCGCAGUUACUACGCGCGGGGAGAACGAGCGGGGACAAGGACAGCACGAAGUGGGAGGAGGAUUCCGAGCAGUGUCCGCCUCCGCGGGGGAGGUCGAGCCACACGGCGUCCCUGGUGAGCGGGCUGCUCACCGAGUUGUACAGCUGCCCAGAGGAGGACGAUGGGUUGGGGGGCAGCUGGGGCCGGGGGCGCGGUGGGCGGCAGGACAGCGUGGACAGUUCCACCGAGGCCUCGGGCGGCUCCGACGCCUUCCUAGGCGGCCGCGUCCUGCAGGAGCUGCUGGAGAGGCAGAGCCAGAGGCACCAGAUCCAGUACCUGAGACAGAAAGAUAUUGGUGAACUGAAGGCAACUCUUCGAGAGCUGACAUAUGGCAUCGCUCUCCAGUCUGCAAAGUUGCUUCGUCACCUGAAGCAAAAAGAUCGGCUUCAGCACAAAGUGCAGCAGAACUGUGACAUCGUGACGGCAUGCUUACAAGCUGCGUCCCAGAAGAGAAGGGUUGACACGAAGUUGAAGUUCACUCUUGAGCCAUCUUUAGGUCAAAAUGGUUUUCAGCAGUGGUAUGAUGCUCUCAAGGCUGUAGCCAGACUUUCAACUGGAAUACCAAAGGAAUGGAGGAGAAAGGUUUGGUUGACCUUGGCAGACCACUACUUGCACAGUAUAGCCAUUGAUUGGGAUAAAACCAUGCGCUUCACUUUUAAUGAAAGAAGUAACCCUGAUGAUGAUUCCAUGGGAAUUCAGAUAGUAAAGGAUCUUCACCGAACAGGCUGCAGCUCGUACUGUGGCCAGGAGGCAGAACAAGACCGAGUGGUGUUAAAGAGAGUUCUGCUGGCCUAUGCCCGAUGGAACAAGUCUGUUGGAUACUGCCAAGGCUUUAACAUCCUGGCUGCGCUUAUUCUAGAAGUGAUGGAAGGCAAUGAAGGAGAUGCACUGAAAAUCAUGAUUUACCUCAUUGAUAAGGUACUUCCAGAAAGCUACUUUGUUAAUAAUCUUCGGGCAUUGUCUGUGGAUAUGGCAGUCUUCAGAGAUCUCUUGAGAAUGAAACUUCCUGAAUUAUCUCAGCACCUGGAUACUCUUCAGAGAGCUUCAAACAGGGAAGGAGGAGGUGGAUAUGAGCCCCCACUUACAAAUGUCUUCACCAUGCAGUGGUUCCUGACCCUCUUUGCCACCUGCCUCCCUAAUCAUACAGUUUUAAAGAUAUGGGAUUCUGUCUUCUUUGAAGGUUCUGAAAUCAUACUGAGGGUAUCCCUGGCAAUCUGGUCAAAAUUAGGAGAACAGAUAGAAUGCUGUGAAACAGCGGAUGAAUUCUACAGUACCAUGGGAAGACUGACUCAGGAGAUGCUGGAGGACAAUCUGAUUGAAAGCAAUGAACUCAUGCAGACUGUUUAUUCCAUGGCCCAGUUCCCUUUCCCUCAAUUGGCAGAGCUAAGGGAGAAAUACACCUACAACAUUACUCCAUUCCCAGCCACAGUCAAACCCAUUUCAGUUUCUGGACGGCUUGCCAGGAACAGAGACAGCGAUGAAGAGAAUGACCUAGAUGAUGAGGAUGCUAUUGUCAAUGCAGUUGGAUGUCUUGGACCUUUCAGUGGAUUCCUGGCCCCAGAACUACAGAAGUAUCAAAAGCAAGUUAAAGAUCCAAGUGAAGAACAGAGUCUGGGCUCUAAUAACAUUGCUGAGCUAAGCCCGGGAGCAAUCGAUUCUUGUCGUAGCGAGUACCAUGCUGCCUUUAACAGCAUGAUGAUGGAGCGCAUGACAACAGACAUCAAUGCCCUGAAGCGUCAAUAUUCCCGAAUUAAAAAGAAGCAGCAGCAGCAGGUUCACCAGGUGUACAUCAGGGCAGGCUCCAAAGAAGAAAAAGAUCUUGGGGUCUUGUUAAAUUCCAAGGACCACUCAACCAAUGAUAAAGGACUAGUGACCAGUCUCCUCCCAUCUCAGGUAAAUCAUUCUCCAGUUAUAAAUCACCUUCUUUUGGGAAAGAAACUGAAAACAACCAACAGAGCUGCCAAAAAUGCGGUCAUCCAUAUUCCUGGUCACACAGGAGGCAAACUGUCUCCCAUUCCCCAUGAAGACCUUAAGACCAAACUCAACUCUCCUUGGCGUACCCACAUCCGUGUUCACAGGAAGAACAUAAGCAGGACCAAGAGCCAGCUGGGCUGUGGGGACACCAUUGGGCUGAUUGAAGAGCAGAAUGAAGGCUGUAAGCCCGCUGGCCUGGGAGCAGUGGAGGAUAUGCCCCCCACCAGCAUAGAGAAGGCUGGGAAAGAUGUCGGCAGCUCUGAAGACAGCACGAGUAGGACAAUUGAUGGACAGUCUCCUGAGCCUGUGUUUAGAGAUGCCAAUGCAAACAUGGCAGAGGUCCAGCUGAAGCUAGAAUCUUUGGAGCUUAAUGAAGGGAGUGCUGCUGAAACGCAACCCAGGGCUAACCAGACCUGCCCGCAGCAGGAACCCGAGCCAUCAAUCACUGUCAAGCCUUCCCAAGCCAGCUAUCCAAAAGCACCCGUCUUUAGUCCCUUCCCUAGUGUCAAACCACUUCGGAAAUCAACUGCGGCCAGGAAUUUGGGAUUAUACGGCCCAACAGAAAGAACCCCAACUGUCCACUUCCCUCAGAUGAGCAGAAGCUUCAACAAAUCAUCCAGUGGUAGCAGCGGUACUAAAAAGCGAUGACAUCCUAUUGGCGCUAUAUAGUCUGGGUCAUUCCUUUUUUUUUAUAGUGUUGAGGGUGUUCAGUCUCACAAUCUCCAAAAGAAUUUUUGUUUUCCAGGUUAAAAAAAAAAAAGCAAAGGGUUGGGCAAAGAAGAGUGCAAAAACCAGCAUUAUGAGAAUUGUGAUUCUCACAACAGGAGCUAGAAAGGAGAGUUGCAGUGUGGGACAGAGAGUGGCCACAUCCACCCAGGAAACAAAGGGAGUAAAGAACAUUUUGUGGAACAGUAAACUUAUGUGGUUUUGAUGUGAAGUAUGUUUCUACUUUUUCAUCGUGAGCUGUUUAGAAAGGCUUAUCUUUCACCAGACUGUUAACCCUUGUUCCUUCCUCCUAUGUUGUGGACCUCUAGGGUCCCAGUGACCACUCUCCAAACCUCCAGUUUAUAUAUUUUAUCAGCAUUCACACAGGUACACAUUUGCUUGCUAUGACAAGAACUGUGGAGUGUAAGAUUUCGUAUCAGUUUCACCAGCUUCCUUUUUCCCUGUGUGUAGGUGUAUGUGUGUGUGUGUGUGUGUGUGUAUAUUUGUGUAUGAAGGUAUGUUUUCCCUGUGGUGGUUUCUUUUAGCUAGUGUCAAAUUUUGAUUUUAUCCUCAUGCUAAAAGGCCUGGGAGGAAAUCUAGAAAGCCUUUCUAUAACUUUGUAAUUUUUGCCUAGUUACCUAUUGAAUGCAAAAGUUUCAUUUGUGGAAACCCUGUGUCUGGCUCACAAUUAUACUCAUAACUUCUGAUCCACAGAACAUAGCUGGGUUGUGCAUUAAUAGCACUUGGUGUGUAUGCUUUCUCCCCAUUGAACAAUUCCCAAGUUGCUAAAUUUGAUUGAUUUUACAUUUCUUCCACCUUAUGGAUGUACUCCAGUUGUCACUGGUAUUCAUGACUCAAUAGUUGGUCAUUUAGUUUGUUAAGACAUUCUCAGUGUGCUACAAGAGUACACAGAUACCAUGAUGGCCCUUGCACUCAAGGGGUGUUCAUCCUCAAGAGCUAAGACAAAUGUAACUAUAAAUGCAUUAGUUACUUGAAACUUGGGCUCUUGUGGAGAGACUGCUUUGUUACCAGAAUAUGGCUUUGUUUCAGAGGAGAGCAACCACGUUCUUAAUCUUUGCCUUGUUCAUUCAUCACCAGAGCAGAGCCCUCGGUAAGCAAGACUAUAACUGCUAUCUCCACUUUACAGAUGGAAACUGAGCCACUUAUACACAAAGCAAUAUGCCAAUGAGUCAAGAUAAACAUCCCCUGGUGACCAUUUUGACUUAGACCUGUCUCCUUCAAUUGAUAAGCAGGUACACUGGUCACAACAGUGUCAACACUAACACUGAAAAGCCAUUUGCCACGACUGUGUAAAUGACCCCAAGACCUGUGGGGUAGGUUUUUUUUCUGCCAAAUGGGACAGAGUCCUGCCACAGAGUGCCAGGGAGUCAUCUCAAAUUUUCUGAGCUUUCAAAGGGAGCUCAUUCUUCAUGUAGCUGUCUUUUGGCAAAACAGAGGUCCAUUUCUCCUGCAAUCUCUUAAAGGAAACAGAUUGAGCCUCUUUCAGCUUAGUCUGCAAAAAGCAGGCGAAGAUGCUUUUAGAAUUGCAAGAAGCAUGAAUUCUAUUGCACUUGUGCUGCUGAUGCUGAAACUAAAUUUUUAUAAUGAUCUUUUUAGGAUGAAAAGGAUGUGAUUGAUGUGGGGGUUAAGUGAAGAUUAAAAAUGACGCAUACAGUGAAGGAAAGAGAGCACUAUUAUUUUAUCUUCCUUUUUCUCCCCCUCCCCCAAGAACUAAAAACUGAAAAAUAUGACAAAUAAUUCGUUACAGCUUUUGUCUUGAGUUUCAUGACCUCCAAAGACAACUUCUCAGGAAAAGUAGUGAGUGGAGGCCUACUUGAGAUGUCUACCACCCCCACCCCCAAAGAGACUACUUUUUCCAAAGUGAGAUUGAAGUUUUUUUUUUCCCACCAGUUAGAUUUUAAGGAUAAAAAUAGCACCACCUAAAGUCUAUUUCAUCCUCCAGUCUCUCCCCACUCACCUAAGUGACUCAUAACCCUCACUUACUCACUGCACCUUUAACUAUCUCUGGCUCCAUUUCAGAAUGUAUCUCAAUCCUUUCUUCUUUGGGAUGAAUUCAUUACCAGCCUAAGACAAAGAACAGAGGUUCUGAAUCUGGGGCCCGUAAA